GUGCUCCCAAUAGGAGUUAAACCUACGUCCUUCUGUCCCAGGAAGCUGUAAAAUCUGAAAUCUCAGGAUAAAGAAGAAAUUUGCAAGGUUGCGUUUAACAGGGGCGCUUUCGCGCGUGAAGGACAUCGUUUCCAGGGCCUCAUCGGAAAAUGGAUUUAAGCAAGAUGGCGGCUGUAAUGUGUGCUCUCACUGAUAAGUAGCUGCUUUUGAAUGCUAAACGGAACAAAAUCGAAACCGAUGAACCGCAGAGCACUUAUUGGAAAACUUAAACACUUUGAUGAUGGGGUACGUUCCCUUUUCGAGCAAGCGACGGAUUCAUGUCAAAAUCUUUAUCAAACAUACACUGGAGAUGCCCUAGAUCUUCGUGAAAUUCAAACUUAUCCAGAGUGGAAGGUUCAAAUGUGUUUCAGAAAUUUGAGGAAGCAUCACAGAAAGCGAUCUAGACAAAGUAUAAUAUAUAUAUUGCCUGUCGGCCCCUUUCCAAAGGUUUUACGGACGCCAAUUGAGCGUGGAAGUGUCUCCACUUUCGAAUUGAUCAGGAGAUUUGUGAGUUGCUACUUUUUCGGAAUGACCGUCAAAUUUUUGGAAGAGAUUGCAGUCACGAAGGUGAAUUGUAAACAGAGAUUUCAUCCAGUUACUGGGAAACUGCAGUUGUUAGUAACAGGUCAGAGUAUAUGAGAUUGUACUAUUCACGUUUUCAAACUGAUCUUGUCACACAUCUCAGUUAGUAAGGUCUGAAACUGGUAUGAUUGGUCAAUUUGCACUUGGGCCAUUAAAAAUAUAAAACUUGGUUCCUUGGACCUCAAAGCUCCGCCAAAUUCAAAAUUUUUUUAAAUUGAAAUCUUCUAUGUAAACACCAAUGAAAUUUAUUUCACUUUAUUUCUUUUUAAAAGAACAUGGAAAAGUAAUUCAUCUUUUCCUUUAUAUAAGCUUUCUUGGUAUUUUAGAAAGUAUUUAUUUCCUUGAUUGUAAUAUUACCACCAACUAGGUGUCUCAGUUCCAGAAUCAAUGUACUUUUGGAGAAAUGAAGAUAAACAUUUCCCCUGUUUUACCCUACAGUUAAAGUGACUGAAACUAUACUGAGAUAAAUAAUUGAUCAGUGUGUUUACAUUUACUCUUGAGAAAACUGGAUGCAUCAGAGUAAAGACAAUGAUAUGUAAACAUUUCAAACUUUUUUUUUGCAAUGUUUUUGUAUGAAAUUGAGGCCUCCAGGCUUCAAAAAAGCUGCAGUUGUUACCAUGGAAACAAGAGUGCAACCUGUAAAAAAGGCAUUCUUGUGCAUCCCCCCUGGGUGCCUAACUUUGUGCAAAACGUAAAAGGGGGGUUGAAAAUUUUUCAUUUCCAGAGAUGUUUGAAUCUUACAGACUAGUUCUGAAAGUGCUCAAAGAGAGGAAUGGCAACAAUCAAAAGAUUUCCCUGUUAUUUACAAUAAAAUUUUUAGUACAGGUAAAAAAUACAAUUUCCAGUUAAAUUUUAAGAGAAAUCUCUUUGUUUCAUCCAACUUUUUUAUAAGUGCUACCCUUGACUAAGCACCUCCCUCAAGUGCCGUGUAGCAUAUUUAAGUAAAAAUGUUAUGUUUACUCUUUUGACCCCAGUAGUGACCAGUUUGUAUACAUUCCUUCUACACAAAAGAAAUUUUCAAUCAAGUAUGGAAAGUAAUCUGGAAUCGCUCAAUAGUUCACUUUAACUUUUUGUCUUUCUGUGAUUAGUCUCAAAAAUUGUUUGCCAAGUUUUCAACCAAUCAGAUACAAAAACCAAGGCCAAUUUCAACUUGGUUACUUGGGUUUUCCCAUACUUUGGGUAGUUUUCUUAUUUUUAGUUGGAGUUUUCAAUGGCCCUUUUACUAUUUCCUUUGUUAUAACAUGAUUGGCUGUUCUUACCACUCUGAUUCUGGUCUUACAACACUUGAUUGCAAAGUGCAUGUAUUUGGUUUUGACAGAUAGCAUAAGGAUAAAGGGAGUAAGUUUCUAAAGAAACUGUUAGCAAGGUUGUGUUUGUGGCUGGCGUGGCAAGGGCUAAUGCAAAAAAAUUAAGCCUUAUAAACUCUCUACAAUGGCCAAUUAAAAAAAUCAACACAGUUCAUAAAACAAAGUUAUCUUGUAACACUAGUUCUUGGCACUUACAUGUACUAAUGGGGGAGUCUACUGUUAUUUUAAGUCAAUGGGAAUAAUUAGCUCUGAUAUUGUGGGCUUAAAAGAGAAAGGGGAAAAAAGAAAACAAAACAUUUGUAUAAAUAGUCUAUUCACUUUCAAAUGCAAUAAUACAGUAUCCAUUGCUUGUCUUUCAAUGCAGUCCCUUCAUUGUGGAUUGCAACAUUUUUAUUACUUGUUGCUGAUCUUCUUUAGGCGAUAAAGUUGAUUGCUUGAUAUGCACCAUUUGUUGAACACAUGGUAGGAGCCUCAUAACUAGUCCACAUCAUGAUUUAAUUAAAGAAGACUGUAGCAUAAAGUUGAAAUGUUACAGUCCAUACUGGAAGUGACUUUGUUAUGUGGCAAGCAAUAAAUCCUUUCUUGUCACAACUGUAUCUAAUCAUAAUAUAUGAUCAAAUGUCUUUUUACUCUAAUUUCAGAUUUGAUGCACUACUUGAAAACUAGUCUCCCUGCAGAUGGUUACUGCAUCAUUGGUCUUACAUGGGUGGAUCUUUAUCCUGGUGAAGAUUGGAACUUUGUUCUAGGCGAAUCAUCAUGUGAGGAUGGUUGUGCUGUGGUUAGCUUUGGUCAUUUUGAGCCUCAGUCCUACCAGUAUAAACAUUUAAAUGAUACAACAAAUCAGAACAUUGCAGGAGUGCAAUGUGACAAAGCUGAUGGAACUAUUUCCUCAGUCUCUUUUGAGAGGAAUGGUCAUGAUGAUGUAAGCCUUUACCUGGAAGAUUUUGCAGAUAUAGAAAAAGUCAAUAAAAAGAUCAUUUGGAGACUUCUAAGGGUAAGAUGUUCGAAGAUGAACAUACUCUGCUAGAGUGUACAUUUAUCAAAUAUAGGUAAAACUUGAUUGCAUCUAAUCAUACUUUGUUCUUCAUGUUUCCAGCCUUCAUUAAUUAAUAUUACACAUAAGCAACCAAGAUUCUUUGGGUCUGUGAGAGUAUGGGUGGGUGAGACAAGUUACGUAAUGUGGUACUCAGAAAACCAUUAAUAGUUCAGAUUGAUUCUGACUACAAUUGUGUCCUUAAAAUUGGAAACUUAAAUUUCUGUUGUUGUUAGUAGUUUAGUUUCUUAUGCCCAGUUGGCUUUAUCCUUGAAACUCAACAGUGCUCCAUAAAUAUUUCCAGUGUUCAGGAUUAUCUGACUCUUGCUUCUUUCUUUAAAUCACCGUGUAGUUCAUAAAUGAGAAGUAUUGGUGGGAAAACAUAGCAAAGCUGUGGAAGCCUACUGUCAUGACAAAAUUUGUUGUUGUCAACAUAUUAAGCAUUGUUUUAAUUUCAUGUUUAGAUGGCAAAUUGCAAGGCGUGCCCCAUGUAAGAGGGUAGCAAAGGGGAGGGGGGUUGGGGGAGAGAGAGGUCCAGAUCCCGUUUCCUGCACAAAUUUUAAAACAAUUCAUUUAUCAUGUGCUUUAAACAGUACGUAAUCUUGUGCAUCAAGAAUUGAAAAGGUGAAACUUCAAACCUCACUAUACCUUGGCUUUCUGUAAAAUUCACACAUUCUCCGUUAGUCUUAAGCUUAAUCACGCUGCACAUAUAAACCGUUUGCCACCCUCAUAAAAGCUAAAUUGGGAUUCAGUCUCAGAGAGAAAAUGGAACUUCAGGCUAUACUUUAAGCUUUGCUGUCAUCUUCUUUACCAUAGAUAUCAAUUUUGUUUGUUUUCAGGUAUCAAGCCAUGAAAUAUGUCAUGUGUUUGGAAUGGCUCACUGUUCAUAUUUUGCUUGUGCCAUGAAUGAGAGUAAAUCAGUCCUCCAAGCAGAAAAUCAACCUUUAUUUCUUUGUCCAGUUUGUUUGCGUAAACUACAAAAAGCUGUUGGCUUUGAUGUUAUGGAAAGGUACACUGGCUUAUGUAUCCUUCUAGAAUAUGUCAUGAAUGAAAUACUUUCUAAAGAUGAUUAUUGCCACACCGAAGACACAUCAUUACAAAAUACUGAAGAAUGCAAAUUUGUAAUGGCAAUCAGUUGGUUGAAAUCAGUGCUUAAGUUUAUCAAGAGGAACAAUGAUAUAAACUCCACUAGCAAUUAGGGCUGUUUGGACCAAAAAAUUGUGUAAUUCAGGUCACUGGAUAUUAAGCGAUUUUUCCCUGACUGCACACUGGAUACAAGAUGAUGGAUGACAAACAAAAUCUGUAGGGCCAAGUUGGCUAUAACCAUCUCAUAUCCAACAAGCGCAAGUAAAAUAAUUUCUUUAUGAAAAAUGCCUCAAAAUAGAGAUAAAUCUUCCUGACUUUAUUUCAUAAACUUUAUUUUCUUAUGUAAUGGUUCAUAAUCCAUGAUGGCUAAGCAAAUGAAAACUCUCAAAUUGUAUUAUCCAUUGAUCCAGUGUUUAAAAGGAGAACAUUUCCUCCAACCUCACAAGGCUGACUAAACUGAAAAAUAGGCUAUUAUCUUCUCCUUCUUUCUUUUCCAUAGGCCCAUGUUUUACACGAUUUUUCUCUCCAUUUAAGUGAUUCACAUUUUUAUUUAUCAUUAUCACCUUUGCAGGU